AUGGCAGACUUACACCAGGACCCUGAAAAGCUGCACGCCGCAGUGGCUUCGUCGGCCACGACACUCAAUGGCGAAGAUCUCGAUAGCAAGACUCCUGUGCCUAGCCUGGGAGAAAAGGACGACCUGGAUCUCGGCCUCGACGAGAAGCGAGAAGACAUUGUUGUCGAAUCUCCAGCUGAAGAUGGCGAGCUACGAGAGGACGAGUAUCCUUCGGGUAUCAAGAUGUUCUUCAUCGUGCUCGCCCUGGUGCUGAGUGUUUUCCUGCUGAGUCUUGAUAUGACAAUCGUUGCAACCGCCAUCCCCAAAAUCACAGACGAGUUCCAAGGCCUCGACAAGGCCGGUUGGUACGGCGCCGCCUUCUUCAUGACCGUCGGUGCAUUCCAAUCAACAUGGGGCAAGGCAUACAAGUAUUUCCCUCUCAAGACCACCUUCAUCCUCUCCAUCCUCAUCUUCGAACUCGGCUCCGUCAUCUGCGGCGCCGCCCCCAACGCCGAAGCCCUCAUCACCGGCCGAGCCAUUGCCGGUCUGGGUGCCGCUGGCCUCGGCGCCGGCGCGUACACAAUCAUUGCCUUCUCUGCGCCGCCCAAGAAGCGUCCCGCGUUCACCGGCAUCAUCGGUGCUUCGUAUGGCUUUGCCAGUGUCAUCGGACCGCUGCUGGGAGGAGCCUUCACUGACCACGUUAGCUGGAGAUGGUGCUUCUACAUCAACCUUCCGAUUGGUGGUGUCUCCGCGGCCAUCAUCUUCAUCUUCUUCCAGACUCCUCGCAAUGCGGUGCCUGUCAAGGCGCCUCUCUCUGAGAAGAUCCGACAGAUGGACCCUCUCGGUGUUAUCCUGAUGAUGGGCGCCACCAUUUCUUUCAUCCUGGCUGUCCAGUACGGUGGCAUUGCCCACCCCUGGAACUCAUCUGUUGUUAUCGGUCUCCUGGUCGGUUUCGCCCUCAUCAUCGGUGCCUGGGCAGCCAGCCAAUGGUUCCAGGGCGAAUACUCCAUGGUGCCGCCAAAGCUGUUUAGCAAGCGCACCAACUGGGUCAUGUGUCUCGUCGCCUUCAUCCAAGCCGGUGGCUUCUUCGCAGCCAUCUACUACAUCCCCGUCUACUUCCAGUCUGUCCACGGCACCAACCCUACCAUGAGCGGUGUCCGCAACCUGCCCUUCAUUAUUGCCGUGUCUUUCUCAACCGUUGCUAGCGGUGCGCUGGUCAGCGCAACUGGAUACUAUCAGCCUCUUCUCCUUGGUGGAACUUCCAUCGCCACCAUCGGCGCAGGCCUCUUGUACACCAUGAGCACCACCACAACUACCGGAAAAUGGAUCGGAUACCAGAUCGUUGCUGGUGCUGGCUGGGGCACAUCUUUCCAGAUUCCCAUGAUCGCCGUCCAGGCACUCGCCGACCCAGCAGACCUCGGCCCUACCACCGGCAUGCUCCUCUUCUUCCAGGGCCUCGGCGGAGCUUUCCUCGUCUCCGGAGCCCAGUCCGCCUUUGUCAACACCAUGAUCCGCCACGUCCUCCAGCACGCUCCUCAGGUCAGCGAGGCCAUGCUCGUCCUGACGGGCGCCACCGAGAUCCGCAACAGAUUCCCCCUCGACCAGCAGCCAUUUGUCAUUGACGGCUACAUGGCGGGCAUCAAGGUCGUAUUUGCCAUGUGCGUCGCCUGCACGGGCAUUGCGACGCUGAUCGGCCUGGGCAUGCGGUGGAAGAAGCUCAACCAAGACGCUCUCAAGAACGCCGGAGGAGCGGCGUAG